AUGAGGAUUCUCGGGCUCUGCACCCUCCUCUUCUGCACGAUCUCUCUGCUCACGGGUUACGUGAUCCGCCUCACACGAGCGCCACCGAUUGCGGAGGGGCGUCGCGCGUUCGCGUCGCUGCUGCACUUCGGCGAAGUGGUGGACCUGGAUCGCAACAAUUUGGUGGACUUUCGGCCGCGACGGCCGCAUCGCUUCGCCACGGAGCUGCUGCCAUUGCCUGAGGCGGAAUAG